UCCCAGAUAUACAUCCUCCCCAGCCCUGCAUCCGGAAACAGGACAAUAAACCGAAAAGGGAGUAAAACGAAAGCAUCUCACGCAGCACCAUGAUUGAGAUGAUGCGAGCAUGGGCCCAGUACAUUGUGGAGUGGGCCGCCAAGGACCCCUAUGGCUUCCUGACCAGCGUAUUGCUGGCGCUCACGCCUCUCUUCAUCGCCUGUGCUCUGUUGUCGUGGAAACUGGCUAAAAUGAUUGAGGUUCGCGACAAGGAGCAGAAGAGAAGGCUGCGGCGUCAGGAGAACCUGGCCAAGGUGAAGAGGAACUAGAAAGACGGCUGUGUUGAAGAUGAAGGCCCCGCCCACCCAUUGCCUUCACCACCAGCGCAUACCCUUUUGGGUCGGGGCUAACUCGCCCCCACUCGUCGAACAGUGCCAAGACGGAAGUUCCCGUCGGACUUUCAGCAGCAAGAGUGACAUUUUGAUACACAAGUUUGCUUGUAAAUAUCGAGUCAAGACAACAAGAGGAGCCGCUGCGGGUGCCCGUGCCGCCAUCAAUAGAACACUUAACAUAAAACGACAAAAUACAACAUAAAACAAGUAUGUGUAGCUUUUGCCACACAUAGCAUUCCAUUUUUAACAUCACCUUUAUGUUUGUUGAAAUGAAGCUCCUCUGUACCUAACAGAUUUAUUUGUAAUCAAUAAAGUUUUCAGAGUUGCUUAAAAAAA